AUGCCAGGUGGGCGUGGUUCACAGCGCAAGGGUAAAGCUGCCAUCCCCAAGCUGCCUAGGGGAUCAGGCCUCAAUCCUUCUGGUCUCCCAGCUGCAGGUCAACUAAAUCUUUCCACAGAGCAACCUCAAAUGUCGGCUUUCAAUUUUGAUCCAUACGCACAGUCUGUAGGAGAGCGCCAAGCCGCGCAGCAACAGUUUCACGAUGCCCAUGGCUCGUUGUUCUAUGGAGAUGGAGGUGGCCCGUCAUCGUAUGGUCCUGCACAGGGCUCGUCGACUUACGGAGAUGGAGGUGGCCCAUUGUCCUAUGGUCCUGCGCAAGGCUUGUCAACUUACGGAGAUGGAGGUGGCCCAUUGUCCUACGGUCCUGCGCAAGGCUCGUCGACUUAUGGAGAUGGAGGUGGCCUGUUGUCAUAUGGUCCCGCGCAGGGCUCGUCGACUUACAGAGAUGGAGGUGGCCUGUUGUCGUACGGUCCUGUGCAGGGCUCAUCGUCUUAUGAAGAUGACGACUUCUAUAAUCACUUCCAGGACGCUUGA